CUUCGAGACGCUUUGACUCGGCAGCCCAUCCACUGUGACGUGUGGUGCGUCAUCGACACAUCGUGUGGGUCACACAACUGUGUCGUCAUGGCCACAACACAACCAAACAAAAAGGCCUCCCCGGCCGUCUGCGACUGAGGAAUCAUCUUCUUUCCUAAGCACUGCAACAGACAUGUCUCGACUCGAACCACGCAUCGAUGCUAACGAUCGUAGCGAUCGAACGCCAUUGUUGGGAACAACAGCGGGGACCAGAUACAACCGAGAACGUGGGGAUCUCCCUCUCUGGCGACAUGUUCUGGAGAAUAAAAUGACAUGGGCUUGGUACAAUGUGAUCAUCGCUUCCGGUGGUGUGUCUUUGCUCAUUUUCAAUCUCCCCUACCGAGUGCACCGGCUGUGGGUUCUGGGUGCCAUAGUCUACGUUAUUUCGUUGAUUCUCUUCCUAAUUACCCUUUUGGUGCAUGCUGCACGUUUCAUCGUCCGGCCAUCCCUCCUCCCGAAUAGCAUCUGCCAUCCGGUCGAAGGCUUGCACGUUUCCACGCUUCCCGCAGCCCUGGGUAUCUUGAUUCUCAAUGGUGCCACAUAUUCCGAGAAGAUGCACGGCUACAAUGGUCACGCUAUGCGGUCAUUCUUCUGGAUUUACAUCAUCUUGUCAUUGGUGUUCGGUAUUGGCACUCCGCUUGUGCAGUUUGCAAAAGGUGCUCAGAAUCGUCCUGCAAUGAGUCUCUCCGCUGCUUCAAUUGGGACCACACUUCCUCUCCUACUUGCUGGCCCAACCGCCGCUGCGGUUCUGGCCCACCUCCCCAUUGUCGGCCGACACCGAACGGCACUCGGCAUUAUGGCUUUCGGUGUCGCACUUCAAGGGAUGGGAGUGUUCGUAUCAUUGUUAUACCAGUCAUCCGUCAUCGCACGUCUCCACAACGACGGUUUCCCACACCCACGAGAGCGCCCAUCACUCUUCCUCACGUCAAUCCCGGCAGCGCUUAGUGCAUGGGCCUCGACUGCACUUGCGCAGCAGGCGCUCAGACACUUCCCUACUCCAUCCACCGCUCCCGGUGGUGCCCCGGAAUUGGUCGUCGGCGGCGUGGCGCUGUACUAUGUUGGUGUGACACUCGGCCUGGUCUUUUGGGGACUGGCGCUGUGGUGGUUCGUCAUUGCCGCGUGUGCGUGUAUCGGUGGUUUGAACGAGAUGCGCGCCGGCGGAGAGAUCUUGGAGGGCUUCAUUGUCGUUUUCGCUCACGUGGCAUUCUUUUUGGCGAGCAACGAGCUCUUGAGGGCGUUUGAUUGGCCUAGGGGCCUGACGAUUAUGAAUGAGGUCUUGGGGGUCGCAACUAUCGCGGUUUGGGGUCUGUUGAUGGUGGGAUGCUUGCUGGGGCUGGUGACGGGAAGGUUCGCCAGAGAUUAGGUGACGAGCAGCGGUCAAUGACGUCUUGCGUUCUCCGUUCAUAUACGUGUUCCAUAUAUCUGAGCAGGUAUGUAUGG